AUGGCUCCUUCGGCCUCAAAACAAAAGCGCCUUGCGGAGAAGGCAGCGAAGAAGAACGCCGCAGUAGCAGGAACCACCGAUGAUUCGCCCUCGGGGACACCUUCUGGCUCUGUCAAUGGCGCGAGCACGCCGCUGACGAGCAUGAGCGGAGUCAACAGCAAGGCGGCCAGCACGGAGGACUUGAUGUCGAUGGCGAGGUUGAACAUGGCUACUGAUAGGAGUGCAGCGGGUGUGUUGACUUCCGAUCCGAAGAGCAGAGACAUCAAGAUCGAGCAGUACACGCUGUCGUUCCACGGAAGGUUACUCAUCGAGGGUGCUGAGAUCGCGCUGAAUUACGGGCAGAGAUAUGGUCUUUUGGGAGAGAACGGUUCAGGAAAGUCGACUUUCCUGCAAUCCAUCGCAGAGCGGGAUAUUGAGAUCCCACCCCACAUCGACAUCUAUAUAGUUCGGGGAGAGGCCGAGCCAUCGGACGUCAACGCCGUCGACUUCAUCGUCGCCUCCGCCAAAGCCAAGGUCGCCCGCCUAGAGGCUUACAUCGAGGAGUUGUCCACGAUGGACGACGUGGACGACGCAGCCGUCGAGCUUGCGUACGAGGAAUUGGAAGAGCUCGACCCAAACACGUUCGAGACCAAGGCUGGGAGCAUCUUGCACGGUCUUGGGUUCUCGCCGGCGAUGAUGGCCAAGCCAACGAGGGAUAUGUCUGGUGGAUGGCGGAUGCGUGUGGCGCUCGCCCGGGCGCUGUUCAUCAAACCUCAUCUGCUGUUACUCGACGAACCGACGAACCAUCUCGAUCUCGGCGCCGUCGUCUGGCUGGAGGCGUACCUCUCGACGUACAACCACAUCUUGGUCAUCACCUCGCACUCGCAAGAUUUCAUGGACUCGGUGUGCACGAACAUCAUGGACCUGACGACGAAGAAGAAGCUCGUGUACUACGCGGGUAACUACACGACGUACGUGAAGACGAAGAAGGAGAACGAGGUCAACCAGAUGAAGGCCUACCACAAGCAGCAAGAGGAAAUCGCUCACAUCAAAAAGUUCAUUGCCUCCGCUGGUACAUACGCCAACUUGGUGCGGCAAGCGAAGUCGAAGCAGAAGAUCAUCGACAAGAUGGAGGCUGCUGGCCUGAUCGAGAAGGUUGAGGAGAAGAGACCCCUCAGAUUCAACUUCGAGGACAUCCGCAAACUACCACCGCCGAUCAUCGCUUUUGACGAUGUCGCGUUCUCUUAUUCUGGCAAGAAAGAGGACUAUCUGUACAAAGGACUCUCUUUCGGUAUCGACAUGGACUCACGCGUAGCCAUCCUCGGCGCGAAUGGGGCCGGCAAAUCCACUCUCCUUCACCUCAUCACUGGCGCUCUCCAACCAUGCGAGGGCACCAUCUCCAAGCACGCCGCCCUCAAACUCGCCAAGUAUUCACAACACUCGGCUGACCAGCUCCCUUACGACAAGAGCCCGAUUGAGUACUUCCAGUCGCUUUUCAGUCAGAAGUACCCCGAGAAAGACGUUAUGGCGUGGAGAGCCCAACUUGGUCGCUUUGGCCUGAGCGGGACGCACCAAACGUCGCCGAUCAAGCAGCUGAGUGAUGGGUUGAGGAAUCGUGUCGUUUUCGCCCAGCUCGCCAUGGAGCACCCACACAUCCUACUCCUCGAUGAGCCGACUAACCAUUUGGACAUGGAGUCUAUCGACGCCCUCGCGAAGGCAAUCAAAGAGUUUGAGGGUGGAGUCGUCAUCGUCUCGCACGACUUCCGCCUCAUCAGCCAGGUCGCUGAGGAGCUUUGGGAGGUUGCGGAUAAGAAGAUCAAGAAUCUGACGAAGCAAGAUAUUAGCAUCGUUGAUUAUAAGAAGAACUUGGUGAAGCAGAGCAAUGCCGCGAUUGAGAAAGCGAAGCUGUUCAGCAAGACGGCGCCAAAAGGCAGGGCGUAG